AUGAUUGAUGUGUUUGAACGUGAAUCGUCCACUGAUUGGCCACCCGGUCGUUACGUCUUUGACCCAAAGGUCUGGGAACCAGCAACGUCCUUAGAGGACUACGAACAUUUCGAAAGGUUCGAAGAAGGAACCCGCAGAGACGAUUCCUUAAACGAUUGUAGAUUUGUUGCAUUUCAAGACGACGGCGAUGAAGAUGGUGAUUUUGUCGACUGCAGUAGCAGCAUCGGCGACACGCACAGUGAUGAUGAUUCCUUUUUGACUUGCGAUGAGGAUGAUGUCAGUAUUUCCUGUGAUGCUUUUCAUGAUGACCCGGGAGUUAGGUGUGCCUUUAUUGACAGCCAAGAGGACAUGUCAUGGAACCACGCAGAUUCAGUUGAAACAUCACCUAAGCCUGUCGCACAAUUUUCCCACGGUACGUCUUCCGACGAACAGUACAGUCAAUCCACAAAGGACAAAGAGAGAGCGCCUACGGACAUGGAUAGAACAGCAACUAAACUCCACUCCCAACAGUCAGGAAGUGAGAUCCCUCAGUCCAACUCUUGGUCAGAAGAGAGGAUUGUGACACUUUCAUCUGAUGCUGCAACACAUCCCACCACUCAAGUGGGUGUAUCUCUAAUGAAUGAUCCUGCCUUUUGUGCUGAACACCUUGUUCCUAUUGAGGACGGCAUUACUGAUCUUUGUGCUGCAUUGGAUGCGAUUUCAACCACCAAAGACCAUGAUUGUCCUGCGAGAGAAACGGUGGAAGAUUUAUCUGGAGAAGCUGGUGUUGGUCAGGAGAACAAUCAAAGGCCUCCAAAAACCUGGCGCCGACUGUGCGCUGGACAGGAAAACAUUUUUAUCAUAGAGCAGGACGAACCGAUGAGGGAAGAUGUCCAUAUAUCAAUUACCCCUGGAAGAGAGAUCGAUACACUGUCUGCCGAACUGCUGCAGAGUUUAAGUGACGUGGAAGGAGACAUCGCUGAAGAGGACGCCUUAUUCCAAUAUGCAAGCAUGGUGUUCUCAUCCCCUGCUUGCCUAAAUGCAUCCUUCCGCCAAACAGGACCUAACGAAGUCAAUGGUCUUAACAUUGAUCUAAAAGCAGCGAGAAGGGCGUUCGGAGUGAUCAGUAAGAACGACAAACUCCUUGAAAGGCUCUCCGAUGUGAUCUCUGUUGAUCUGUGUACCAGCAUACCCCAGUCGACACCCCACGUCGAAGCCCUUCAGUUCAUAUUUAUUCUGAUGGAAUGUCCUGUCUUCAGUAACCCUCACCGCCACUGGGGGCGCCGUGCCCUGGCUGCUGCAGAAAGGUUGUUAGGAUUCCUUCACACGGCAUCGCAGGCCGCAUACAACAAUUCCAAAUCGGCAACACCUGCUCGAUGGUGGAAGUUCGAACCGAUGUCAUUUCAGCGUACAAUCACGGCUUACCGAAUGUCCCUCACAACCCUAUUCAAUGACGGAGCACUAUUGGAGAAGGAACUGGACAACUUUCGGAGCAACCUGAGAGUUCUGAGCUACUUAAAUGAGAUUAAUCUCCAGCAAGACAUCCUUUCCAUUCAGACGUUCUACAUCCAAGAUUUAGACAAAGUCUGGAAACAUCCACCUCCACCGUUGCAGAAAUUCUCCUGGGCGUCGUAUCCAUUUCUCAUUGAUCUGGAGAUGAAAACAGAGAUGAUUGAAUGCCAUAACAUAAGUAAACAAGAUGAUGCCAUGGAACAGGAAAUAAGUCUAAAUCCAGUGUUGGAAUUAUGUUCUAACCUCGGGAUGCCUCUAUAUCACGUGUAUAUUAACAUUGAUGUAAACCGGGAUGACAUCUUCGGGAGGAGUGUCAGGGACCAGUUAGCCGAGAUGCUGACUUUCCCGAGGUCCAAGCUUCAAAAGCCCUUCAUGGUCAAUUUCAUGGAUGAAACGGGUAUUGACUGGGGGGCUCUGAGUAUGGUAAGUGGUUAUUGUUAG